AACGGUACGUGGCAAAACUUAAUCAGAAUUCGAAGCGCCUGAAACUGCAUAAUCGCAACCCUGAUCACACGAGCAAUAUGAUGACAACUUCUGGCAAUGAAGAAUAUGAUCAAAUAUGUGCUGAUCUCAAACAUAUCAGGGAUUGGGAUACUGUACUAACGAAAUGGAAGCAAACAAUUUCGUAUAGAAAAAAUCGUUUGUUCAACUUAGAUUUGACGUUGCAUCAAAUUUUAGAUGAGUGGCCGCUGUACAAAUACUCCAAGGCUCCUGAAUUGGUUGACAUUGACUAUAAUGACAGUUUCCCGGGAAAUGGGCUAAAUUUUUCAAAUUGGAAUCAUUUGUGUACAAUCGCUUCGGACCUGUUUGAGCAAAGGAUAAAAGAUCCACAAACCAAGCAGCUUAAAAGCCGGGUAUUCGGAAAGAAAGACGCAUUAAAUAUAGACAAUUUCAACAUAUAUACUAUGAUGUUGUUGCAUGCGGUUUCAUUGCCUACUCACAAAAAAUAUACAAUAUCGGAUUCACAAAAUGCCUUCACAGUCUCAGUAAACCAAUCUAGUGAAGUGGAUCAAGCGAUUGCAGAAAAGAGGAAACAGUGCCUAGAAGAUAAUUCAACCCUGCAACCGUUCGUCAUUGUUGUGGGUGACGAAUUUAAUUUUAAGAAUUUUUAUGUCACAUUAGACGGAAUUAAAUAUUCAUUUCAUUCUUAUAUGGAGGCUAUACAAUAUUGUUAUAAAUUAAUGUUUGUGCUAAAUUUAAAAUAUCCAGACGAAUGUACGAAUGUAUGGAUAUUCGUGCAAAAAUAUUUGUUCAACACUGUCCCAGUAAUUAAUACAUUGAUAAACGACAUUAAUAACUGGACAAGCUCAAAAUAGGUUAAGUGCUAAGACAUACACUUUUGAUCAGUUGAUUAAGUCAUCAACAUUUUGAUCAAUUUUGGCUAUUUUUCUUUUGUUUAUUUAAU